CAAAAUGGCAUAGGGGUAUAUUUUCCAAAUUUAGUAUGAUCCUAAUUUUUCUCUAUUAAGCCAUAUUUAACUCUUUUACUAAAAACAUUAACCCUCCAUUUUGCAGUCAAAAUUAGAGGAUGGUAUUGAAUAUCAAAUGUAGACCAGAACAAUAUCUUUUCUUUCUUCUCAUUCUUUGAUUUUUCUUCUCUUCUUCUUCUCAUGAAUUCCUCCCUUAAUUUACAUGAAUCUUACAUCUCCUUCCAUCUCAACAACAUUCAACAAUGUCAUUCACAGGAACUACAGAUAAAUGCAAAGCUUGUGAUAAGACAGUUUAUUUUGUUGAUCUCUUAUCAGCUGAUGGAGUCACUUAUCACAAAUCUUGCUUCAAAUGCAGCCAUUGCAAGGGAACUCUUGUGAUGAGCAAUUACUCCUCUAUGGAUGGAGUACUCUAUUGCAAGACUCAUUUUGAACAACUCUUUAAAGAGUCUGGCAAUUUCAGCAAGAAUUUUCAAGGUGGAAAACAAGAAAGGGAGAAUUCAAUUACAAGGGGACCAACAAAGGUUUCAUCCAUGUUCUCUGGAACACAAGACAAGUGCCCAACUUGUACCAAGACUGUUUACCCAUUUGAAAAGGUAACAAUGGAAGGAGAAUCAUACCACAAAUCAUGCUUCAAGUGUGCCCAUGGAGGUUGUCCUCUUUCAGCUUCUUCUUAUGCAGCCCUUAAUGGAGUCCUCUAUUGUAAGCACCAUUUUGCUCAACUGUUCUUGGAGAAAGGUAGUUACAGCCAUGUUCUCGAGGCUACAACUCAUCGAAGGACCAAUAGUACUGAUCAAGAAGAGGAACAUAAAGAAUCAACCGAAGAAAAACACGAGAAAGAAGAAGAAGGAGAAGGAGAAAAAGAGGCUAAAGAUGAUGAUCCGAGUGAAGAAGUACAAGAGUAGUCGUAAAUAAUAAGAUGGCGUUACAUUUUUUUUGUUUCCUAAAGAGGCAAACCGUUUAAAUUUAUAUUGUUGUUCGUAUAAGAUUUUAUUAGUGUUCUAUUAUAUUUACUCUUUUUUUGUAAUAACUAUUUAAUGUUACUAUCUAAAAUAAUGUAAAUUAUGUCAAAAUUUGUUGA